AUGAAGGCAGAGAUUACUCGUUGUUAUACCAGUUAUCAGGAACAAAUCAACGAUGUCGAUGCAGCUUGCAUUGUCUUUCGCGAUUUUGGCAAAGGUUUUAUCAAAAAGGCUGACAUUUCACCUGAUGCAUUUGUUCAAAUGGCUAUACAAUUAGCAAUCUUUAAAGAUCAAGGUAAAUUCUGUCUUACCUACGAAUCGAUAUCAGCAAGGUUUUAUGCAAAUUCAAGGACAGAAACAUUGCGUCCUGUAACAAAAGAAUCAUGCGCAUUUGUUAGGUCAAUGAUUAGCCCAGAAAGCAACAACGAAGAACGUCUUAAAUUAUUAAAAGAAGCAGCUGAAGUCCAUGCAAUUCACAGCAAAGAAUAUUCAACUGGAAAUGGUGUUGAUCGACAUUUAUUUGUUCUUCAUAUUCUAAGCAAGAUGACUGGUAUAAAUAGUCCAUUACUGGAUUAUUAUAUAUCUCAACCUUGGGAACUUAGUACAAGCCAGACGCCGAAUGUGACACGCCAAAUAGAUGAAGAUAAGCAUCCCGAUCUUUCAUGGUUUGGCGGCGGCUUUCAGGCUGUCUGUAAAACUGGAUAUGGUAUCAGUUAUCGUUUUGCUGGCAAUCAUUCAAUAUGCAUAAAUAUCGUUUGCUAUAAGUCUGCUAGCAACACGGAUUCAUAUCGACUUAGACAACAUUUGAUGCAGUCAAUGCAUGACAUUUCUGCAAUAUUCAGAACCUAA